CGUUUCUUGUCUGAUGGCGAUGGAGAGGCUUUGUCAAUGCCAAAGCAAGGAACAGACUGCAGUACAACACUGCUGCCGACAGGACGAGCAUAGCCACAAGCGGUCGAAGGCCUAGCUAGCAACUAGAGUAAAGAAUGGAUGCGAUAUAAGCUACUAGACUAGCUAGAGGUGAAUGGAUCAAGAGGUGGCACAAGAACCAUUAGCCCUGCAUCCGAUUGUCUUUCCUGAGGCAACUCGAUCCACUGUCGCACACUGCCUCUUGCCAACAGCUGUGGCUUUGUUAUCAUCAACAUCAUCAUCAUGGAAGGAUUAUCCCAACAACGUGAAUCCAGUGGGAGCCCUUCCAGGCUUUCACGGCGAAAGGAUUCGUCUUGUUCACCACUGGGAAGAAAAAUCCCACGCAGCCAGAGACUCUCUCAUGAGAAACUCCAAGGCAUUGCCAUUGUGUCCAGUGACAGUGCGUGUAAGAACAACGAUGAUGGAAAGCCCGCUUCUCCAGUGGCGGGGGUCUCAGCAAGGAAAACAAGGAGAAGAAUAAGCCACGAUCAGAGCAAUGUCAACGAUAACAAUUGCCCUGAAUCAACAAUCAACGGACCCAUUACCACAACAACCGUACCUUCCUACAGACAGUCUCCUUCCAAAUACAAGUACCACACUCCGACAAAGGCCAAAAAGAAAAAGCGAGGACGACUGCUGAGGCUAGUACAGGACGACGUCAUUGAUACUUUGACUAUGCGAGACGUACUUUGCAAAGGCGUACAGGAACCGGCUGACAUGGCUAGAUGCGGCCCCACUGCCGAUGAUAUCAGUACUGCCAGCACUUCGCGGUCGUCGGCUUCGGGAACCAAUCCACAGCAAUCCAGUGACUCGGCUUCCGUCAUCACUACAAUUGACUCGGACAAAGAACUAGAGCUAACUUCCAGACAGAUUCGUUUAGAGUUGAGACAGGCAGAAAUGCAAGAACUAUUGGAAGAGGCCGAACGGGCUGCAGCAUCAGGACAAAAGAGUUUCGCGGGGAGAACAUCCACCUUUGGAUAUGACGACCCGGAACUAGAAUUGCCGCCAGGAGGCUUCAAACCUAAAUCAACACCAAUCAGUCAACGGUUAGUACGACGAUCGCUUAACUUUGGGUCGCCUCUGGGCCGAAGAAUAUUGCCAGACAACGCAAGCAAUAAGAUAUCCGUCAAAGCCCUUCGAGACGUGGCAGAGGUGGUACCUACGUUCAAGGAUUUUCACAUGCAUCUACGAACACAUUUCUUGAGAAAGAAUGUGAGCGAAUCUUCUCUUUUCUUCAAAGAGAUUGCCCCUUCCGAUGACAUCAACAAGGACACAACGGUUGAGAGCGAGUCGGCGCCUGGCGUGAGAACUCAUGAAAACGAACAAACAUCCAUGCAACUGUGGAAUUCGUUUGCGAGCCUAUCGUCAUGGCAGUUAGCAACUCUCAAGACGACAAACGAAAACGACGACGCUGAACUCAAUAGUAGUCAGCAGCAGAAGCCUGCUGAUAGCGUUACAGAAAGCCCGUCAACCAAUCACCGUAGAGGCGACUCACCAAGCAGAGAGAUGUUUGGAGACUUGCUGGCGCAGCACAGGCAGACGAACGGUCAACAGCAUGGUGUGGACGUCCCUUCUGGCUUGGGGCUCCAUGCAGCACUCAAACUGCAACGGGAAGGUAGUUCAAACAGGAACAACACAACGCAUCGUAGAAGAGAUACCAGUAACCAUCAACCCGCUGGUGAGGUUCGUUCCUGUCCAACCACGCCGGAGCGUGGGCUUUCUGAUCCAACCGUCGUAGAUGCCGAUCCAAUACCGAGAGCAUUUUCUGAUUGUCAUCAGGCGGUAGACCGCAACGAUGAUGUUCCCGGAUCUCCAAGCUCCCCAAUUCUACUGGAUGAUCUCGAUAUAACGGAUGUGAGUUUCACGCCUAAUAACCAGGAACAAAAUCGAGUCUAUGACGGACCCAGCCCACCGCCAGGGUUGCCCUUGACGCCAAAAGAAAAUUUCCGAGAAGUGUUCAAUGCCACCUUUACAACACCAGAUGACGAGCGAGCUAGUAGAGGAGAACUCAUUGCAGCGCACCCGGCAAACAGAAGCAAUCUAGGACCCGAUUUUGUCACUCCGAUGCGACUUCGAGACAUUCGCGACGAAAAUCUCAGCGCUUGGCCCAGUGAAGCCUUCCUAUCCGACACGCCCUUGGCACGUAGCGGUAAGCAACGUGCCGGGCAACCAGUUCGCGAAGGAACUGAAAGGGUGAGCAUAAAUGCCAUCAAUCUGCAGCAUGUUGAGGAUACUGGAUUGCGAUUGGAAAAGCACGGCUCGCCGUUCCUGUUGAAUGGCAUGUACGGCAUGCACGGAACGAGUGACUCCGGCAUUUUGGAAAACACACCAUUUCGGAACGGGAAUCCUGACGCAUAUGCACGAAACUUGAUGCAGAGCCUGCAAGGCGAUUCGCCCAGGAGGAUGGAUGAUGCGAGAGAGGUUAUUGACGUCGAAGUCUUAAGGAAUGGUUGUGCCUCUGCUGAAGGCAUGUAUGAUGAUGCUGAAGGAAACGACAAAUCUUGCCUUCCACCCCUUCGUACUACGUUGUUCCCCUUGUUGGAUAAUUCAGAUAGGGGCGAAGCACGGCUCCCCCUCCGUUUGAACGAUCCAACAGAGAUCAUAUCGGUUGAAGAACACGAGCACCCAUCAACGGGCCAAGUUGUUGUGUUGACCGAAAUCGACAAUGUAAAAACAAGCCCUUGUAACAAUCAAGGAUCAGUUGCCGGCGAUUCCACAAUGGCAAACCAAUCGAAGGCUACGGCUGAUUUCCCAUGUGAAUGCAUCAUUUCACCAGCCUCCUCCUUGGAGAGCGAGGCAGACGACAAGGGUGGAAGAACUGGUGGCUGGAACCUGCUUGAGCAAGCGUCAGGGGAAUCAAAGCAUCAGUCUUUGCAAGCUGCUGUCGCGAUGUUCGCAAGGAUAUCCCCAAGUGGUCCACUCAACAACAGCAGCAACAGCGACAACGGCUUAUUGUCGUCCAAGGAGAACGAUGAGUUCAUGAGCAACUACUUGUACUGCAGCAAGACUUCCGAACCCUCCGACCCUUCGCCUCCAACAAGCACUCCAAUAUGCUCUGGGGCGGUGCCCUGCCAAGAAACGAGAAUGCCUUGUGGUGAAAUAGCUAUUGAUUCUUGUGUCGAUUCUUUUUUCGAUGCUGCCCUUAAGUUCUUGCCCAAGAAAUCACCUGAAGGGAGCAGGUUCCUGUCUUUAAGUCGUGACGACAAUAAUGUUGAGUCGAAGCGCAGUUCCUUCUCUUGGUAUGAUCUGGCUAAUGAGAGAUUUGACCUUUUGCUUGAGAGUAUCAUGGGAGGCGAGCACCGAAAAGGAGACCAAUGCCGGCUUUCCUUUCAAGCACCGACGUUGAAGGAGAGGAAAGCGCCUCCAUCGUCGGGUCUACAGUACGAGGAUGUUUCCGGUGAAUAUGACGAUGACCUGGGGGGAGUGAUUUUUGUCCGUCCAUCUACAUCCACCUCCUCACCGCCUAGGGCAACUGAAGAGCAGAGACGAUCGAGAAAUCCUAAAGCUACUUAAAACAGUAAUCCGUGAACGCAGGAUCAUUGAUCGCGCUAAUCUGUGUAUGCAUGGGUAUAGUACAUUCCAU